UGGGCGCCCAGCAAGCUAGAAAGAGACGGGGCGUCCAAACGACACGUCCCUCUCCCUCUACCAAGUCUAAGAUCGCACUUAAGCCAAACAAAUGAGUAUAGUUUGCUGUGGCUCAGGUGACUAGAAUUUCGUUUUUGGUAAUUGAAGUCCACUAAAAUGUUUGAAUUUCAUGGCCAGCGACGUGUCAGGAGCCAGGGGCGAAUGCGCAGAUGCGUCGUUUUUUGUGCAAAUUAUGUCACAUCCUUAUGAUUCCUUUAUUGGUUAUGUACCCUAAGUAAACAAAAAUUUUCGGAUUGUUUGAUGAAUAAAUGUGGACUUGUAAAUAAAUGUUUGGUUGAAAUCAAAAGAAGUAAAAAAUGAAUAGGGAGAUGCGGCAAAGUCACAGGACACCGAAGAAAACGCCAAUUACUGACGAUUACGACAUUACUAAGACGGUUUUAGGCCUCGGGAUCAACGGUAAAGUCGUCGAGUGUUUUUCUAAGGCUACAAAAGAGAAGUUCGCUCUAAAGAUACUUGUCGAGAGCCAGAAGGCUAGAAGGGAGGUCGAUUUGCAUUGGCAAGCCAGUGGCUGCCGCCACAUAGUCAAUAUAAUCGACGUCUAUGAGAAUAAAUACAAUAACAACCCUUGUUUACUAGUUGUGAUGGAAUGCAUGGAGGGCGGAGAGCUGUUCCAGCGGAUUCAGGAUAAACCUGACGGGGCUUUCACUGAGAGAGAGGCGGCACAGAUCAUGCAUGAGAUAUGCAUUGCGGUGAAAUACCUACACGAUAAUAACAUUGCACACAGGGACUUAAAACCAGAGAAUUUACUUUACUCAAAGAAAGGUACUUACGGUAUACUUAAGUUAACUGAUUUCGGCUUUGCUAAGGAAACUUUAGUGAAGGACACCCUUCAGACGCCUUGUUAUACACCAUAUUAUGUUGCUCCUGAAGUUUUAGGGCCUGAGAAAUACGAUAAGAGCUGUGAUGUUUGGUCUUUAGGAGUCAUUAUGUACAUUUUGUUGUGCGGGUUCCCUCCAUUUUAUAGCAAUCAUGGCUUGGCGAUUUCGCCAGGAAUGAAAAAUAGGAUACGAAUGGGCCAAUACACAUUCCCUAAUCCUGAGUGGCAAAAUGUUAGUCAAGACGCUAAAGACCUUAUUAAUGGUAUGCUUAACGUGGAUCCGGCCAAGCGACUGACAAUUGAUCAAGUCAUGAGCAAUAGAUGGAUUGCUCAAUACACAGCUGUGCCUCAAACCCCCUUGCAUACUCAUAAAAUGCUAAAAGAAGGUGAAGAGAUGUGGCCUGAAGUACAGGAGGAAAUGACGCGCUCGUUGGCCACAAUGAGAGUGGAUUAUGACCAAGUGCAUAUAAAAACGCUAGAAAAUUCAAAUAACCCGCUGCUGAAUAAAAGGCGUAAGCGUUCGGCGAAUCAAGUGACGCUAAAGGAGCAGAAAUAACGUCUAGUGAUUUUAUUUCUUCAAAUCACCACGGAACGUGCAUUUUGAUUAAUAUGUUUACAAACAAAUCGAUUUUAGCUGAAUGAUUAGUGCCUAAUGGAAUAGGAUUUUAACGUUUUAAAAUUGUAUUAAUUUAGUUACAGUUGUAUUACACCGUUUGUAGUACUAUUAUUUGGUAAUAGUAAUACAACACACGGUGCAACAACAUAAUGUUAAGAAAAUGUAUUAUAUGCUACGAUUGAAGGUGCUUUUGGAAUUUCCUGUUCAAGAGAAGUGUCACUGUUGAUUAAAAAUUUACUACAAAAUUUAUCAGACAUUUCGAUUUCAUAAGCAUCUUGAUUUAAAUAUUUUUUUAGAAAAAACGUAAAUCAUUUUCACGAUUUACUAGCACAUGAUGAGUGCUAUUUUAAUGUAAAUUGCUAAUAAACUCUUAAUAAAGUUACUUAAAUUGUUCCUAACGAUAA